AACAGUAGUGGUUCUAAAGAAAGGGGUGUGGCAUCAAACAGGAGCGUUUAGACGAGGUGUAAAUGGCGCGUAUGCUUUUCAGAAGCCUGUUUAGUCUUGCAUCGCACUCAAACCCAAGGCUCGUUUCUUUUCAGAACAUUUCAGCUACGGUCUCGACAGGGCUUGAUCCGAGCUCAUGCCAUGAAGAACGACUUUUCUUUUUGGUCCGGCGUCUCAGACGUCCUCGCGUCUUUGCUGUCCUUGCUUCUUUUCUUCUGGAACGUGGCAGCGAACGUGUGGACAGUGAUAUCUUUUUAUCAGGACCAGAAAUACAUCUCCAUGGGGGUGUUUUUAUUCCUAAUCCUCAGUUCCUCAGUGCUACUGCAGAUCUUUAGCUGGCUCUGGUACUCCGAUUCCUCUAAAAAACUGGACACCAAAGUAGAGAGGUUUAUGAACAGACAUGGAUUACUCGCUCUGGUGCACAUCCUGCAGCUUGGAGUCUUCCUCAGGUGUUUAGGUAUGUUGGAACUUUCAAUCAGCAGCUUUGAACGGAAGGACACUUCCCAAAACUGGGUCACUGAGAGUCUAAAUUCAGAUCUCAGCACUCUCGGUCUGUUCCAGGCGUUCUCUGAAAGUGCUCCACAGCUCGUCCUAAUAGUGACCAACAUCAUCCAGAUGCAGGACUUUCAGUUCUUUACAGUCGUUAAAAUCGUCGGCUCUCUUUCCUCCCUCUCCUUCACCAUGUUGUCCUACCAUCGCAACAUGUGUGCAUACGCCCCUAAGAAGGAAAAGAUGGGAUGGUCUUCCUCUGUAAUCUACUUCCUGUGGAACCUGUUCCUGAUUGGCCCACGUGUGGUGUGUGUGUCCCUCUUCGCCUCCGUCCUGCCCUGCCACAUCGCCGCACACUUCCUGUCCCUGUGGACGCUGCUGGUCCUCUGGGCCUGGUGGCAGAAGACGGACUUCAUGGACACUAACGCUGGAGAAUGGCUGUACCGGGCCACCGUAGCCCUCAUCUGGUACUUCAGCUGGUUUAAUGUAGCGAGUAGAAGUCCGAAACUCAGAGGAAUCAUCUACCACAUGGUUAUAGGGGUGGACACGAUGCUCCUGUUAGGAUUAUGGUGGUGGAGGAGAUCUGUGGAAUCAGCUCGUCUUGAUCCACUACCUAUUAAUCCCUACCUACUUAUUGCUAUGUUAAUCAUCAUCUACAUUAUAGGAGUCCUACUGAAACUGGUUUAUUACCAGAAGUUUCAUUCUAAACAACCAGACUUACAGUUGGAUGAGAAAGAUGAGAAGUCAGAGAUGAAUCCACAGGCACCAUGUAAUGAUACGGUGGACGGUGGAGAGAAGCCUGAAGACUCUGACUUGGUCCUCACAGCUUCAGCCCUACCUCAAAGAAUCACAAGCGGCGUCCACAAGAGGACGAGGAACAUGGCGGUGAACUUCUACUGCGAGUGAAAAUGACUGAGAAAUAAACUAUUAUUUCAGACGAAACCUCGUAACAAGCUGGGAUAAGCAAAGAAAAUACUUUCACUGUACUGUAAAGAAUACAUUACAGAUAAAGGCUUUCUGUUUUUCUUUCAAACGCGAUUAGCAAACCAUCCGCUAAUAUAAACAAUUAGAUGUAGUUCAUGGGUGGCUGCCUCACAGCUCCAGGAUCCCCACUUCGAUCCUGAGCUUGGGUUACACUCUGUGUGAAGUGUCACGUUCGCUUUGCAUCCAGGAGACUUUCCACAGUGUUCUCUUGUUUCAUCUCGUUUCCCAAAAAUGCUUGAGAGGUUGACUGGCUAGGCAAAUUUUGCCUCUAGGUGCGAAUGAGAAUUUGAAUGCGUCUCUACAUGGUGCCCUGUGAUGGACUGGUGUAUUCCUGCCUAAUUCCCAGCGUUCCCAGGAUAAGCUCCAGAUCCACCAUGGCCCUGACUGGAAUAAAACAUUUAGUGAAGAUGAAUAUAGUUUUUCGUUUGUUUUUUUGUUGAUACAUCCCAUACCAAUUUUAUUUCCACUUCGCUGUUAUAACACGCUCCAUUCUCUCUUCCGGGAAGGCUUUACACUAGAUUUCGGGGCGUGGCUGUGGGGAUCUGUGAUCAUUCAGCUACAAGAGCGUAAGUGAGGAUGAGGACAGGUGCUGAUGUUGGGAUAUCGAGGAGACUCCAGUUCCAGUUCAUCCCAAAGGUGUUAGUGGGGUUGCGGUCAGGGCUCUGUUCAGGACACUCGAGCGCAUUAAUAUAGACCUGUGAUCUGGAUUAUUAUCCGAACUGCUGUUAUAGCUAACAAAUCAACACUUGUUGACCAAUCAGAUUUGAGAAUUCAGCAACGCUGUGGUAUGUUACACGGAAUUUUAAUAUAUUUUAACCAUGGUGAAUACGUCGAACGAUGUACGCUUUUGUCCGUUAUAUUUAACGUCCUGUGUGUAAGAAUAACGGAAACGAUUGAAUUCUUAAAACCUUUUCCAAUCUUGUUGAUUUUUUUAUGAUGUUGUUUGUUUACGACUAAAUCCAUUUUUUUUUUUAAAUUAUACGAUUUAUGUGAAUCUUGAUUAUUUAAAAAAUAAAAUGUCCACCCUGUUUAAUUUAUUAAAAUCCUUUUAUACACCA